AUGCCUCAAGCUCAGCCAGAGCUUAAGAAGUACCUCGAUAAACGACUCUUCGUGCAGUUGAACGGCAGCCGGAAGGUCAUCGGAGUUCUGAGAGGUUACGAUGUGUUCUUGAAUAUUGUGUUAGAUGACGCCGUGGAGGAGAAAGAUGGUGGAGAAAAGGUCAGAUUAGGGAUGGUGGUCAUUCGAGGAAACUCCGUAGUCAUGCUCGAAGCAUUGGAGAGAAUAGGCGGCGGACGAGAGAACAGAGGAGACUGA